CCCCUACUACUUACUUUGUUUGAUUCAAAAGGCAAACAGCCCCCCCAACUAGUUGUAUGGGGUGGGGUGCUUGUGAAAAGCUACUUUGGAUAUGAGUAAUUCCUAAAAAAAGGCUUUGUCCGGUAUUUGACAAAGAUCUUUCUAUCAAUAGAUAGGAAUGAGUGUUCGAUAUAGGGGAUAGGAUCCAUCUGCUCUUUAAUCUCAUAAUUUUUUUGUGAGAAAUAUAUAUAUAUAUCAUUUAUCUAUCUCUUGUCUAUCUAUCAUUGAUUCUCAAGUCCAAUUUUUGGGUUCCCCGAAGCCCCGAAUGGAAUGGAUCGUUUCUGCCAACGAAAUGAACGCGGAGCCCGUUCUGAAUGCUUCUACGAUCUGGAAGUUCUUGCGAAGAGAAUAAGAUGCUGCUCUCCUUUCCUUUUUCUUUUCCUCCUUUGCUAAUCUUCCCCUCUAACGCGGGCCGGGCGGCGACGGGCCCGGGAGGAAGAAACCUAAGAGAAGACGCUCGUCUCGGGCGGUUCUUUUUUUCAGUGCAACAUAGGAAAGCGCCCUCUUUUUGUCAUCCCUGCAGGUUUCCAGAUUUUGUAUUGAACGCAUGGCGUAGCUAGGACCCUUCACAUUCUGUUUGAGCCUAUGUUCAAGCCAAACCCACCCCCUAUUUUACUAAGGCUGGAAAGAAUGCCCACCAAGUUCAAAUAAGGGAAUGCUUUUCCCAACCAUUAAAGUAAAGGUUCGACGAAGGGAGGGAGGUGCGGCGGGGGAAGGAAAACGCUUUCAGAGAUCGAGAUUUUUUUUUCAUCGAAAAAGAAGAAGGCCGAGGAUGGCCGUAGGUGCGUCUUAUCUAAAGGGAACACGCUUUUUUGACCGCCGUGGUAUGAUUUCGGGCCCUCCUCCUUACAGUGGCUUUCAGCUCCUCUCCUCGUUCCGCCCUUCCUAUUGGGAUAGCAGGCUUCGGGCUUUGCCUGCCCUUUCUAAUAAGAAAUUUUGGCUCGGCCCGAGAAAGCGCUGGCAACAACUGAAAGGAAGGGGUCCAUGUAGCUGCUGUGUCCGCCCCCUUCUUAGUCAAUGGGGCACAGCAGGUUCGGCAUCUACUACAAAAGAGAGAAUCCACUUCAGAUAACCACGUCUCUGCUAGGCAGCGUGUGGAAUGACCGAGAGCGAACCUUUUUGGAUAUAUAAUCCAAGUCGAGAGUAGAGUUACAGGAAAAGCCGUUUGAUGGAAAACGACUUUCACAUUCGGUUCAGAGAGCACUUUUUUCAUUGAGAAUUCCUCGUUCCCUUUCGUGUGAAUUCCCCAGCGACGAAUUUCAAACUUGUGGGGCCCUAUCUAUUCCAUCUCUCGAGCCCCGAAGAAAACCCCCUACCCUUCGGACUCCAUAUAUCUUUUGACUCUAUAUAUGUGGGCACCUGAUAUCUAUGAGGGUUCACCCACCCUGGUUACAACAUUCCUUUCUAUUGCGCCUAAAAUCUCUAUUUCUGCUAAUAUUUCACAUGUUUCUAUUUAUGGUUCUUAUGGAGCUACAUUGCAACAAAUCUUCUUUUUCUGCAGCAUUGCUUCUAUGAUCUUAGGAGCACUGGCCGCCAUGGCCCAAACGAAAGUAAAAAGACUUUUAGCUCAUAGUUCAAAUAGACAUGUAGGUUAUAUUCGUACUGGUUUCUCAUGUGGAACCAUAGAAGGAAUUCAACCACUAGUAAUUGGUAUCUUUAUUUAUGCAUCAACGACGAUAGAUGCAUUCGCCAUAGUUUUAGCAUUACGGCAAACCCGUGUCAAAUAUAUAGCUGAUUUGGGCGCUCUAGCCAAAACGAAUUCUAUUUUGGCUAUUACCUUCUCCAUUACUAUGUUCUCAUAUGCAGGAAUACCCCCGUUAGCCGAUUUUUGUAGCAAAUUCUAUUUGUUCUUCGCCGCUUUGGGUUACGGGGCUUACUUCCUAGCCCAAGUGGGAGUAGUGACUAGCGUUAUAGGUCGUUGGGCGGCCGGAAGGUUGCCACGAGUAAGUAAGAAAGGGGGACCGAAGGCAGUUCUCCAUGCACCGGACACGUAGCUUACCGAAUCAGUUGCGACACGGAUGGGAAUGCAUGCUACGAAAGAUAGGGUCGAGUCUGAUACAUCAACCGUCUACUCAAUAUCCUUGUAAGAGUCCACAAUGACUACAAGAGAUGAACUUUGGUUUGGUGAAUUGAAGUUGGCCUUAGGUGUAAUAGGACUCCCAGUUACUGCGCGCGAUCGUAUACUGAGGUGCUCCCCGCCGGUUGUUGGAACGAUGCUAGCCGGGCUGGGUCUCGAUUCAAAAAGAUGAAGGGCCCAAAAGUCUAAAUAGGGGGUGAAAAAUUCCCCAUCUCAUUGGAGGCGGAAAACGAAUCGACAUCUCAAUGUGAUACAGCCCUUUCGAUUUUAGUUGGGAAAGAACAGCGAAGUCUAUCCGAACCGUCCAAUGAAGAAUAAGAGGAGAGCAAAGCGCCAAUGGCACGCGAAGCGCAUGCGGAACGGGCACGGAGAAAAAGAAGUGUGGAGGAGAAGCAGCCGAGCUCAUUCCCUUCGCUUCCUGGGCCCAAAGCAGUGCAGUCUUUCCUGGCCAAAUCAAGGAUUUGGGGCUUCUUGCUACGCUACAACACUAUAUAAAUCCAUUUA